GCACAGCACGGAGAGGAGCCCAGGGGUGGCGGUGCCGGCUCGGAACCGGAGCGAAAGCAGCUCGGGAACAGCGCGGAACCAGCGCGGCAUCACCGCGGGCCUCCCUCACCCGCGGCCCGGCCGGCAGCGCCCACACGCCGCGGGCACCCGGCUGCUUUCCGUGCCGCAUCCCGGCCCUUGUGUGCCCCCUCCUUUGGCCGGGACUCUCCGCCGGGAUCUGCGCUGUUGUUGUUGUUGGCCGGCGCGGUCGCAUCGAGGAUAUUUUGGCUCGCCCGGAGGCAGCGGCGCCUCGAUCGCUUGGACGCCGCGUGUGGGGCCGGGAGCGUCGGGGGCCAGAUGAGUGACUUUGGGAUCAGGAACAUGGAUCAAGUGGCUCCCGUGUCGAACAUGUACAGAGGAAUGCUCAAGCGUCAGCCGGCGUUUGACACCUUUGACAGCUCAAACUCGCUUUUUGCUGGAUAUUUCUUCUCACUCAGUGAAGACCAAACGCUUCAGGAGGUGCCAACAGGAUUUGACUCCACUUCUUAUGAGUCCAACAACUGUGAAUUGCCUCUGUUAACCCCAUGCAGCAAGGCUGUGAUGAGUCAGGCCCUGAAAGAUACUUUCAGUGGUUUCACAAAGGAACAGUGUCGGCUGGGUAUCCCAAAUAAUCCCUGGCUUUGGACUGAACAGCAAGUUUGCCAGUGGCUUUCAUGGGCUACCAAUGAGUUCAGUUUGGCAAAUGUGAACUUCCAUCAGUUUCUUAUGAGCGGCCAAGACCUGUGCAACCUGGGCAAGGAGCGUUUCCUGGAACUGGCACCUGACUAUGUGGGUGAUAUUCUGUGGGAACACCUGGAACAGAUGAUAAAAGACAGCCAAGAGAAAACACAGGAUCAAUAUGUGGAGAACUCUCACCUCACAUCAGUUCCUCACUGGGUCAAUAAUAAUUCCUUAACUGUUAACGUAGAUCAGAAUUCCUAUGGAAUGCAAAUGCCUGGAUACCCUAAACCCCUGAGUUAUCCCAAACCCAAUCUCCUGACUGACGUCUGUCAGACUUCCACGGCCCCGAAUCUCCUCAACCCAGAACAAGACUUCCCAUUGUUCCCUAAAACCCAAGCAGAUGCUGUUGGUGUGAACUACUGUGCAGUAAACCAAGAUUUCCCAAGGAACAAUCUCAAUUUGCUGAUGGAUAACUCUGGCAAGCUGAGAGAGCACGAAUCCAGCGACAGUGGUGCUGAGAGCUAUGAGAGCUCAGACUCCAUGCUGCAGUCCUGGAACAGCCAAUCCUCCCUGGUGGAUUUGCAGCGUGUGCCGUCCUACGAGAGCUUUGAGGAUGACUGCAGCCAGUCCCUGUGCCUGAACAAACCUACCAUGUCCUUCAAAGACUACAUUCAAGAGAGGAGUGAUCCUGUGGAGCAAGGGAAACCAGUUAUACCAGCAGCCAUCCUGGCUGGCUUUACUGGCAGUGGACCUAUCCAGCUGUGGCAAUUCCUUCUGGAGUUACUGACUGACAAGUCCUGUCAGUCCUUCAUUAGCUGGACAGGAGAUGGAUGGGAAUUUAAACUUGCUGACCCAGAUGAGGUGGCACGGCGCUGGGGCAGGAGGAAGAACAAGCCCAAGAUGAACUACGAGAAGCUGAGCCGGGGGCUGCGCUAUUACUACGACAAGAACAUCAUCCACAAGACGUCGGGCAAGCGCUACGUGUACCGCUUCGUCUGCGACCUGCACAACCUGCUGGGCUACACCCCUGAGGAGCUGCACGCCAUGCUGGGUGUCACACCCGACACUGAGGACUGAGCCUGCCUGGGGACACCGCUCUGGAGUCACCAGUGAGGACAGGACACCGUGGGGACAUUGGCCGGGAGCCGCAGUGCGCGGGGAGGUGGGGGAGCCGCCCCAGGCGGGACCUUCAUCCUUUUUGUGACCGUGGAGAGCUGGAUGGGAGCCAGCAGGGCUCUGGGGGAGCGGCCACAACCCCGAGGCACAACCCCCGAGGCACAGGGAUGCUCCUGGGCUCAGCGUUUCAGCCCUGCCCAGCGCUUUGACACUGCCCUGCAAGGAUGGGGUUGGCUUUGAAACCAAAGGUUGGCUGUGAGAAACCAGCAGAACUCUUGGCUGGGAUGUUUUUCAAACACCACCGUCCUCGUGCAGUUUAUUUAAAAGCAAAGUAAUUUAUUUUAAAUGAGCAGUAAGGAGAACUGGUAUUACUUUUGUUUUAAAGCACGUUUUGUUAUUGUUAUUAUUAUUGUUACUACUCCAGAAAUGUGCUACAUAGGUACAUAAACACUCUCGUGUCCAAAACCAGAUGUAGCAGCAACUGUUAACAAAAAAAAAACCACCCCACCCUUUAAAAGGAGGGAAGGAAAAUCAUACCAUUUCAAUAUUCAGUUUGUAUAUAUUCUGUGAUUCCUUUGGAAACUCUGAUGUUCCUAUUUAACAGAUACUGUAUAGUGUAAAUUAAACUAAUUGUAUGUGUGUUUUGAAAUAGGAUGAAUGUAAACUUAUCAAAUGUGGGGUAUUUUUUUUUUCAUGUUUGUCUAGGAUAUACAACCUUCUGCAAAUAUUUAAUUGGCCUGAGAGACAGCAGAAGUUCUAUGCUCAGUGUGCAUGCAUUUGGGGGGGCAGGGAGGGAGGCCGGGCUCAGGAUUUUGCCAAGACUGAAGCUGGCAAUUCUUUGUGCAUUUUGGCAUUUUUACAGGAAACUAAUGUUGUAUUCUGGGACAUAAAAGGGCCUGUUUGUGGUUUCUUCUGUAACUGAAAAAUGAAAAUAUUAAUAUUGGUAAAAUUACUUUUUUUUUUCUUUAUAAAUGGCAUAUGUUUUUCAACUUCUAUGCAUGUACUUUUAAAAACAAAUUUAUAUACAAGCCUUAUUUUUUCAGUUCACUUGUCUCUUCCUGCAGUUUAUUCUGUAUGAUUAAAAUAUGAAUUCUAUUUUUGGAAAAACUGUGACUCCUUUUCGAAGAUCAGGAGAGUUUUAUGUAGCAGCUAUUUUUACUGCAAAAAAAAAAAAAAAAGGAAAAAAAAUCACUGGAAAAAUGUACUUUGUAAGAAAGCUUUAUUUUUUAUCUGAGCUUGAUGUACAGUUAAAUGUGUUGUACAGUGUGAGAGGUUUAAAAAUAUGACUCUUCAUUAAAACCUCUUGAAAAGAAAA